AUGCCUCGCCACAGACCAACUUCCGGAUACGCUCGCCUUGCGCAGGCAGACGAAGAUGAGCCUUUAGGAGACGAAGAUUCAGACUACGAGAACUAUCACACGACGCCUCUGACUACCCGGUAUGCCUCAAUACAACCUGGACCGCGAGAGAGCAUGCGCUCGGGCGCGCCAUAUGACCAACGACGGAGACCGACGCGACGGAUGCGAAGUAAUUCCUCCGGGGUCGACAUCAAAGCCAUCAACGCGCGACUGGAGAGGUGGGCUGAAGAGAUUGUCACGAAGUUCAAGAUAAAUUCGGUCAAGGGCAAGACACAAGAGGAGGAACAGCUCGAGAUACAUCACUCCGUCUUUCAAGCUCCUCCCGGAAUACAGCCAUGCACUGCAGAAGAUCUGGCCAGCUAUGCCGCCAUAGAGACACAACGCAUGACGAAGCACCAGUUUGAGGAUGUUGUCGAGGCCGUCAGAGUCGCCAUUGAGAUGGGCGUGCACCCAAAAAUGAUAUCCCAAGGGAGCUCGGGAAGUUAUUUUGCGCGAAAUAGUGACGGCAAGGUCGUCGGCGUAUUUAAACCAAAAGACGAAGAACCCUACGCUUCGAGAAACCCCAAGUGGACGAAAUGGAUACACCGCAAUUUGUUCCCUUUCUUCUUCGGCCGAGCCUGUCUCAUUCCAAACUUGUCCUAUGUCUCCGAAGCCGCAGCAUAUGUCCUGGACAGACAACUGAGGACGUACAUUGUGCCUUACACCGAUGUGGUCUGGCUGUCUUCCAAAUCGUUUUACUAUGACUUUUGGGAACGCAGAAGUAGCUGGAGAGGAAAAAAGAGCCUGCCGGCCAAAGUGGGCAGUUUCCAAGUCUUUCUCAAGGGCUUCAAGGAUGCGAACAUAUUCUUGAGGGAAAACCCCUGGCCAGAUCAGGCGACGGAAUUUCGAGCAGACCUCGAACAUAAAAGGAAAAGGAGGCCACUCUCAAAUUGUAUACCAAGCGCGACACAUUCCGACGACGAGGAAGAAGCCCCUCGUCUUCUUUCUCCCCAACCCCAGGCGGAACAAGCACCCAAGUUUCACUGGACGCCCACGAUAAAACAAGCAUUUCGGGAAGAACUCGAGAAACUCGUCAUAUUAGAUUACAUUAUGCGAAACACGGAUCGGGGAUUGGACAACUGGAUGAUCAAGAUAGAUUGGAAGCUGGAGGAGGUCUCGCUCAUCGCCGAACCCCCAAAGCCCCAGGGGGAUGCUCAGAAUGGAGAUGCUACACCCCGGCAGAUGUCAGUCAGCCCACGACCAGAGUCCAACACGUCGAGGCCUUAUCGUAGGUACGAGGCUAUGGAAAGCCGGUCAGCUACUCCUUCCCUUAGCCAGGAAAACAACUGCUCAAUAACUCUGGGAGCUAUUGACAACAGUUUAUCAUGGCCAUGGAAGCAUCCUGAUGCCUGGCGGAGCUUUCCCUUCGGCUGGCUAUUCCUCCCCGUGUCUCUUAUCGGACAGCCCUUCUCUAAGAAAACCCGCGAUCAUUUCCUUCCCCUUUUGACCUCCACGGCUUGGUGGAGUGAGACCCAACUCGCCCUCAGGAGAGUGUUUGCUCUCGACGAUGAUUUUAAAGAAAGCAUGUUUGCACGGCAGAUAGCCGUCAUGAAAGGUCAGGCGUGGAACGUCGUCGAGACCCUCAAGCAGGAAGACCACGGGCCGUUGGAAUUGACCCGACGAACCAGAGUCUGUGUUUGGGAUGACUUGGUCGACGUCCCUGUGGCGAUCCCAAUGCGUGUACCAUCCGCAGAAAUGCAUCGCAAACAACGCCGUUACGACCAGCAAGAAGAAAUGGACAUUGGGGCGUCGUAUUCUUCGGCACCUCCCGGACGCCAGCAACCGGAGCACGAUCUCCUCGGGUCGCCGACGAUGGAACUGCCCAACCCCAAUCGCUUCGAUCUCACGCGCGACGAUAGCGCGGCUGAUCUUUCAUUCGCCUCGGGCCACGAAGGUCCGGCGAGCCCGGUCGACGUGAGCGGCUUUGAUUCUCUCGAGCAUGCCAAGGAAGCGAGAAACAGCCUGGGCAACAGCGCGAGCAUGCCGCCUCGGCCGGCCAUGAAGAAACAGAACCGAUUCAGCUUCGAGUUCCCACCACGCCGCGGCGACGCCGCCGGGCCCGGCGCCACGAGGACCAGUGCGCGUAGGCAGCGUUCCAUGUCCACGCGCAGCGGGAAGCAGGCGCCGGCCUUGUACGAAGGUGACGAUCUCGAAGGGGAUUUGGGUUAUUCUGCCGCGAGCGACAUGGAACAGAACAAGCGAAAGGUCAUUGUCGAAAGGUUGGAAACCAUCAAAGGUAAACAACCCGUCUUUACCUGGUGUUGA